UUAUAUCCAAUUUUAUAUUUCCCAAUGUUUAACCGUUGUUUUAGUCAUCCUCAGGCAACACUGUAUACACAAAAUACACAAAGCUAGUUAAGCUAGUAUAAUAUAAACAAUUACAUAUUGUUACAUAUUUGUAAGAAAAUGUUAGAAAUACAGAAAUAACCUAAACCUAGUAGCAAAAAUAUUUUCUAUUAUGCUUUCUAUUUAAAACUAAAUUAUAUGGCUUGAUUUCUUUUUGUAGGUAAACAUUGCAGACGAAAUUGAUUAUGUGUUUAUUGAUCCCCAUGGAAAAGAAGAAAUUGGAGUUGGAAGCGGCAUGAAACGAGACGUAUAUACUGCAUUUUGGCAGGAAGUUUCGAACAGUUUUUUUAUUGGUGAGGCAGAACGCGUGCCAUUUGUUAGGCAUAACAUGUACCUUGCAGAGUGGCUGGCAAUUGGAAUGAUCCUAGCAAAGGGUUUUAUUGACGUUGGCUAUUUCCCUACAGUUCUUAGUCGAUGUUUCAUAACCUAUUGUAUCUUUGGGUGUGUGAAUGAUGAUGAACUAAUUGAUUCCUUCAAGAAAUAUGUUUCUGAUGAUGAGGCUAAAUUAAUUAAUAACAUAUUAUCACCAAGUUUUAAUGGAGAUUUUGAGGAAAAUGAAGAUUUAAAAGAUUUUUUUGAGGUUUUUAAGUGUCGUACUUUAGUAUGCAAGGAGAAUGUCCAUGCAGUGAUUUGUGAAAUUGCACGACAGGAAUUAAUUCAAAAGCCGCAUAUCAUGGCCUUGGCUAUUGAACAUUUAUAUGCAGAAAUUGAACCAACCACCAAAAAAGUGCUUAGUUUAUUUUCAGCAAGUCCUGUCACUGAAGCAGAAAAAGAACCUUUUCCAUAUUUCAAACGGUUUGUUAAAGGCCUUCAAGUAAUACUCUUAAAGAAAUUGUUGCAAUUUUUAACAGGUUCUGACCUGAUUACUGUUACUGAAAUCAAAGUGACUUUCUAUUUACCAACAUCUGACUUUGGGAGACGCCCAAUUGCACAUACAUGCACUCCUACUUUGGAACUACCUGCAACUUAUAAUAACUUCUGCGAAUUGAGGGAAGAAUUUGCCAAUAUUUUAAAUGAAAAUACAUGGGAAAUAAACAUUGUUUAA